AAAGGCGAGCAGCCAGAGAUCUUAAGAAGGAGAAGGCCUUACUCAUCUCCAUAGCUACAAGUCGUUGCUUGUUAUCUUCUCACGUAAAUCAAGAACAACACAAUCAACAUUUCCUAAUCCGUAACUUCCAAGUUCUAAUGCAUAUGCCUUCCAAUUUAGAUACAUCUAUUUGGGCUCAAAACCAUCUACCUUGUACCCGGCCCAAGCCCUUGCAUAAAGUCACUUGCUCUUCCACGGGCAAUUGCCGCCGACUGCGAUCUCCGUCUUCCUCUCUUACCUUCCUCGCCCAGCGUUCAAACCAAAAAAAAAAACAAAAGGAAAAGAGCAUGAAAUCGAUCUAAACCCUCUGAUCAAAACAAAAUAAUAAAUGAUCACCUGAAAAGCUCAACCAAUCCAAAUUCACUUUUGUUUUUGGGAAUUAGAGAAUGAAACUUCUCUUUUCUCUCCUCUUUUUCUCUCUCGCUUUCUCCUCUUUCCUCUCAUCAUCCGUCGCCAGAGGCGGAGAACGUACUUCUCUAUGUUCAGGCACUAAUAAUGUCAGUAGUUAUGUGAAUUAUGCUAGGCGGUUUCUUGUUGAGGAUGACCAAUCUCAGGGAAGUGUUGAUAAGGCUCGUGGAUACUUGACUAACUCUGAUCUUGAAAAAGCUGUGAAGGAAUUUGGGGAAAGAUGCAGUAGCAUUUCUAGGAUUUAUAGUAUUGGAAAGAGUGUGAAUGGAUUUCCACUGUGGGUUAUAGAGAUCUCUGACAAGCCUGGGGCGGAAGAGCCUGAACCUGCAUUCAAGUAUAUUGGAAAUGUGCAUGGAGAUGAACCCGUAGGUCGUGAACUUCUGAUACAUCUUGCUAACUGGAUAUGUGAUAACUAUCUGAAGGAUCCCUUGGCCAGGUUGAUAGUAGAAAAUGUUCACCUUCAUAUUCUUCCAUCAAUGAAUCCUGAUGGGUUUUCAUUGAGGAGGCGUGGUAAUGCAAACAAUGUUGAUCUAAAUCGAGAUUUCCCAGACCAGUUCUUUCCUUUGAAUGGUGACAUAAACUCACGACAACCUGAAACAAGAGCAAUUAUGAAUUGGUUGGGAGAGAUACAUUUCACAGCAUCUGCCAGUUUGCAUGGGGGUGCACUUGUUGCAAACUAUCCAUGGGAUGGUACAGGGGAUAAAAGGAGAAAUUACUAUGCAUGUCCUGAUGAUGAUACAUUCCGGUUCAUGGCAAGUAUAUAUAGCCGUUCUCAUCAUAACAUGUCUUUGAGCACAGAAUUUCCUGGAGGAAUAACAAAUGGAGCAUCUUGGUACCCAAUAUAUGGUGGAAUGCAAGAUUGGAACUAUAUACAUGCUGGCUGUUUUGAAUUGACCUUGGAGAUUAGUGACAACAAGUGGCCUAAUGCUGAUGAGCUUCCUGUACUUUGGGAAUACAACAAAAUGAGUUUAUUAAACCUUGUAGCCAGCCUUGUGAAGACAGGAGUACAUGGAAGGAUAUUUUCAUCUGAUGGAGGGAGGCCACUACCAGGUUCUAUCAUGAUCAAAGGAAUAAAUUAUACGAUUAAAGCUGGUAGCUUAUUUGCCGAUUACCAUCGCUUGCUUAACCCAGCAGAGAGAUAUGAAGUUGUGGCCUCCAUGCCGGGGUACAAAUCAAAGACCACAUGGAUCGUGUUAGGAGAAUCAGCCAUGAGUGUAGACUUUAUUCUUGAUCCCGAAGUCACAGCUAUGGAGAAUCUAAGAAUUAUCUGUGAUUGCAGCUAUUGUGGCAAGUCCAAGCUUGAAAAUUUGUGGGGGUUUCACUUGGAAUUUUAUUAUAUUAUUUUGAUUACCAUUUUAGUUUUCCUCUGCGUUCUAUUAAUAUGGAGAAUGAGGUUGAACUUCUUAAACCAUAGACAGUCGACCAAAAAGUCAAGUCAAGUGUGAGGCACUCACUGUUAACUUGUACUAAAUUGUUGUACAUUUCAGAUAAAAAUAUACACCUUUUUGUCAUUUGCUCAUCUAUUAUGAAGCUUCUGUAAACUUGUUUUGGAACAAGUUUUCCUAUGCUGGACAUUCUAUUUAGUUUAUUUUUGUCAAUGAAACUGAUGAGAUCUAACCUUUGUAUGUA